UACUCUUCCAUCCUCCAGAAUCCGAGACGUGCCAAGAUCUGUCGUCCACUUUUAGUCUAUAUGUAAACACCAAGGCACAUGGUCAAAACUGAGCGUUGUUGUCAGUGUGAAAAGUGUUUAAAAAAAUCUAACAUGGGUGACGAAACCUAUCACGUGUAUACGAGGACGGAAAACAUAACAGAACAAGAUGAUAAACAUCUCGCUGGAGCAACAAAAGAAAUAAGAAACGAUUUGACUGUUAUCAUACCGGAAAAUCCGUUCCCGGAUAUUGCUGUGGAUGCAUACCCGCCAUUAAAGUUUUCUUGGGUUAUACCGAAAAAACUAGCUGCCAUGGCUUUCCCAAGACACGUGGAGAAUUUAAAGUUUGUUGUAAACCAAGGCAUAACGCAUCUGGUAACACUAACAGCAGGGAAGAAGCCUCCAGUGGACGGUAUUGCCAGAUUAAGAUGGACUGAAAUACCCAUAGAAGAAUUUGGAAAUCCUACAGUCGAGCAAAUAAAGAUGUUUAUCGAUGUCUGUAAAAGAUCAGAUAAAAAUGGCGAGGUGAUCGGUAUUCACUGCCGUCAAGGCCGCGGUCGUUCCGGGGUGAUGUUGGCCAGCUAUCUCGUACAUUUCCACCGUUUCCUUCCUGACCAAGCAAUGAACGUUAUACGAAUGAUACGACCAGGUUCAUUGGAUUUUGAGGAACAUGAAGAGGCAGUUGGCAAAUAUUUUGAAUACUUGACUGAAAGCAAUCCGUUGAGAUUCGGAGUCAGUGGAGACGUUAUGGAGGAGUUUAUUGAAGCGGCCAAGGAAGCCACCAAAAAUGUCUUGUAAAUAUUAGUUAAAUCUUUUCUGUAGAAUUUGUACAUCAUUUUUAUACAAAAAAAAUAAUAUUUUUUUUAGCAGGUCUUAGUAUUGUCAAUUCUAUAACCUAGUGAAAUCUAAUUUGAUAGUGACGCUAGUUGUUUGAUUGGUCUAAAAAAUAUGCUUUGUAAAUAAAAUUAAAAUAAACGUAUACAUUUUUAUAUGUCACUUUAGAAAAAAAAUCCAUGAAAAAUUUGCUGCUUCAAAAAUGAGUUUCAAGGUGUCUGACGUUUUAAAUCAAGGUCAGUUUUAAAACGAUCGAAUUAAAAUUUUAAGUUUACAACGCUGAUUGUAUUUUAAACAAUUGUAAAGCGUAAUUAAUAAUUAUUAUGGCAUCAUUUUUUACCUGUCGACAGAUGCAUAAAUGAUCAGAAUUAAAAUUUUAUUGAUGCUUACUCCAUAUUCCGAAAUUGUUAAAGAAUUCUCAAGAAACCUGUUGAGGUUGGUUAAGCGUUGGUUUUGUAUAAAUAUUUUCACGUAUUUUACUAAAAGUACCUGAAUAAAUAUUUAAUCUUAUAA